AUCCUGCUGCAGGAGUUGCAACUGCCACCCGGUGAAUGUAAUAUGGCCGAAUCUGUUAGCCUUCUAUUCUGGAGCACCCAGUGUGCCCGUGAUAACUCGGCUACCCCCCUGACUAUGCCAGGAUCAUCAGCAGGCAGACAGGACCUCUGGUGCUUCCAAGUUGGAAGUUGUAGGCU